GUUGCUGGCUUUAAAAUCCCAACGAAUCUUUUUGCAAAAAAAUGAUCGCGGCUCGAGAGCCUUACUAGUACCUCUGCCCACAACCAACAAUAACCACCUUCACAGAUAACAACUCGACUGAAUAACUCUGUCACUUGGUCAUCCAGCUCCUUGUCUGCUGCUUUUGUAGUCCUCUUACUAGCUGCUCACAACAUCUACUUUAUAAUUACUUCACCAUGGCGGAUAAUCCUAAUAGUGAUACCAGCAACCUGGAAGUGAACCAUGAAAAAUUCAAGCAAACUCAGGAUCAAAUGGAGACAAUCGCCGCGGAGAUUCGUCAAGAACAAGCACUGACAUCCGACCUAAUGCCGGUAUCUCAGUUGCGGGUCAAGGCCAACUACGAGGCGGGAAGCAAUUUUGACAAGGGAGUCUCCAUUCUGGAACAAGAUUAUCAAGGAGUACGGACCAUUCGAGGCGACGGGAAUUGCUACUAUCGAGCAUUUCUCUAUUCACUCUGCGAAAAGCUAUUCCAAGCCGACAAGGACGAACUGACACGCAUUCAGAAUUUUGCCAAAAACUCUGCCCAGAAGGUGGUGAAAGAAGGUGGAUACGAUGAAACAGCCAUUGAAAUCUUCCACGAAAGCCUGGUAGAUCUAAUCACCUCCAUUGUCGACAAGUCGUCCACGCAACAAGCUAUUCACAAGGAAUUGCUGGAAGAAAAUUCCACGAGCGACUAUUGCACAUGGUACAUGCGAGUCUUAUCGGGAACACAGCUCAAAGCUGAACCCGACAGAUUCUUGCCUUAUCUGGAAGAUGCAUACGUGGAUGUCCAUGUCUAUUGCCAAAAGGCUGUAGAACCAAUGGGUCAAGAGUGUACCAUGGUUACUUGCCUAGCACUGGCAGAGGCAUUCGAAGUCAAGGUCGCCAUUGUCUACCUAGAUGGUCACGACAUUCCAAGCAACAACAAACUUUCCACACACCAGUUUGGACCCGACAAUGCCAAAACAUGCUUGACUCUUUUGUACCGCCCAGGUCAUUAUGAUAUCUUGUAUCCGAAAUAGAAAGAAACCACGAAACGAAACAAAAAGCUGCCGCUCACCGUGAAACAGGGAAGCGAUGAAAACCACAAACUGAUUGCGGAAAACGAUUGCUAGUUCUCACGUCGACUGCCGGUUGUCUUUACCAACAAAUACAAUAGACACUUCUGAAGCUACUUGAUGCUUCGUACCGUAGUCUUUAUCUGCGUUAUGCUUUGUCACAUAGUUGCACUCAAAGCUAGAGACACCGUUACAGAAACCAAACCGUGGAUAUAAUAUAUUGCUACAAUUUGUUAUAAAUUCAAUGGUUGCUGCAGUCUGAUUUGUACUCUGACGUUUCGUCGUGUACAGCCUGACCAAGCAAGUUGCAUACUGUAGCUCGCCGCUUCAUGAUGAGCAGAUCAUCUUGGUUGCUCUAGUUUUUUGUCGGUGAAACAGAGCCGACAACCAGCCAGCGACCACAAAGGUAGGUAUUGAAAAGGGCCGUCUGCUAACAACCAGCGAAUGUACGCAUGGCC